AUGAAGAGGAGAAGAAGAGAAGAAGGGAAGAAGAGGAGAAGGGAAAGAAGAAGGGGCUGCAACUGCAGCGGUGGCAGUUGCAGCUCGAAGAGAAGGAGAGGAAGAGAAGAAGGUGAGGAAGAAGAGAGGAAGGGGAGCUGUGGUUGCGGCUGUGGCGGGGAAGGAAGAAGGGAAGGAGAGGAAGAAGAGAAGGGGAAAGAAGGUGGCUGCGACCGUGGCUGUAGCUGUAGCUGUGGCGGCGGCAGUUGUUGCUGGGAAAGAAGAGAAGAAAGGAAGAAGAAGAAGAGGGAGAAAGGGAAGAAGAGGAAGAGGGGAAGGCGACUGCGGCCGUGGCUGCGGCGGCAGCAGUUGCAGCAGGGAAAGAAGAGAAGAAAGGAAGAAGAGGGAGAAGAGAGGGAAGAAGAGGAUGAGGGGAAUGUGGCUGCAGCAGCUGCAUUUGGGAAAGAAAAAAAAGGAAUGUCAGAAGGGAGAAAGGAAGUCGCGCAUUAG